AUGGCACAAAAGCGCAAGCCAUCGCAAAAUAUUACCAGAGAAAAUGGAACGAACAGCACCUCACGCGCUAACAAGCGGGGGAAGCCCGAUCUAUCAUCGCCGCAUCCCAAUGCGCGACAAGCGGAGGAAUUCGGCAUAGUCUUGCGACAGUUCUACCCGCCCGAGAUGAGCAACGAGCGAUGCCAAGCCUACAACGACGGCACGCUGGAGCGACCGAUGGACGCAUUGAAUCGGGCCUGUGAAGAAACGGUGGAUGCCCGUCGAUCAAUUCGGCCGAAUGCUGCCGUGGUCCACUGGUUCAAGUCCGAUCUCCGAUUGCACGAUAAUCGUGCCUUGCGGAAGGCAUAUGAGGUUGCGCGCGAACAUUCCAUCCCACUGAUCACGCUCUACAUUCUCUCGCCCGAGGAUCUCACAGCGCAUUUGAGCAGUCCCGCGCGGGUGGAUCUGACGUUGCGAACGUUGGAGCAAUUGAAGCGGGACUUGGGCGAGUUGGACAUUCCCUUGUAUAUGGAAACGCAGGAGAAACGGAGCGAUAUCCCGCAGCGCAUUAUUGAUCUAUGUCAGGAGUGGGGCGCCAAUCAUCUGUUUGCAAACAUUGAGUACGAAGUGGAUGAGCUCCGUCGAGAGGCGAAGCUGGUCCGAUUGUGUGUCGAGAGCGGUAUUGCCUUUGACAUGCUACAUGAUACCUGUGUUGUUCCUCCGGGGUUACUCAGUAGUCAACAGGGGAAGCAGUAUGCUGUAUACAGUCCAUGGUUUCGCACGUGGCAGGUGUUUCUUAUGGAUAACCCGGAUUAUCUGGAAGUGUCGGAAGAACCUGGUUCCAAUCCUGGGAAUGCUCGGAAAGUCUUUAAGGGCCUUUUCGCAAGCGAGGUCCCCGGAGCACCGGAUAACAAGCGAUUAUCCGACCAAGAGAGGGAACAUCUUCGUCAACUAUAUCCAGCGGGAGAGCACGAGGCUUUGGAUCGCCUUGAAAGGUUUCUGGCGGAGAAGGCCACGGACUACGAUGAUACGCGGAAUUCACUAUCUAAGCAGACCACAUCGGUUUUGAGUCCGUACUUUGCUUCUGGAUCCUUGAGUGCCAGAACUGCGGUGGCUAAAGCUAAGAAAGCGAAUAGAAACCAACUGGACCGCAAUGAUCUUGGCUUUGUAUCUUGGAUUAGUGAGGUAGCAUGGAGGGACUUUUACAGACAUGUGCUGGUUCAUUGGCCGUUUAUAUGCAUGAACAAAUGCUUCAAGCCUGAGUUUACAGACCUUGAAUGGGAGUACAAUGAGGACUAUUUUAAUGCGUGGUGCGAGGGAAGAACCGGAUACCCCAUCGUCGACGCUGCCAUGCGACAGAUAAAUAGCGCCGCCUGGAUGCACAACCGGUCUCGCAUGGUCGUUGCCUCCUUCUAUCGAAGGAUCUAUUGA